AUGCUCCUCGACAUCCCAAGUCCAUCCGAAACCACAACAUCCCCAGCAUCCACCCGCAAGAGAGCUGGGGGACGAAGGUCCAAAACUGGGUGUCGUACCUGUCGUGCCCGUCAUAAGAAAUGCGACGAAACCCCAGGCGCCUGCACCAAUUGUACAUCUACGGGUCGAACCUGCGACGGAUAUGAGUUCCACCGGUUACCCCGCGAGGUGCGGAGACCCAGAAAAGCAGUGGUGGAGAUCACAGUGCCCGCCUCACUCACUCACCGGAUCCAUUGGGUGAUAAAUUCCGACGAACAACGAUCAUUCGCUUAUUUCCAACAUCGUUCCAUGCCCGCGUUUCGAGGAUGGUUCGACUCAUCACUCUGGCAGAAACUGGUCCUCCAGUUGAGUCACGCCGAGCCCGCGGUCUACCAUGCAGCUGUCGCGUUGAGCGCCGUCCACCAGGAUGCCGAGAAGAAAGGCAUGCCGCUUGCUAGGGAGGACUUGGAUAAUACUUGGCAUCGCUUCGCUUUGGAACAGGCGGGUCGCUCCAUCGUCUUGCUUAAUGCGCGACGGACAUCGCAGGAUCCCGGUCUGAGAGAGGUCACUCUUCUGUGCUGCUUGCUUUUCACAUUGUCUGAAUUGCUGCGCGGCCGGUAUGAUGACGCUUUUAGACAUCUGCAUGGUGGAAUACACAUCUUGAAAGGUCUAGGCGCCCACAGGCAGCUUGACUCAGCGGCAAUGUCCAAGCCCCCGGUGGAGUGGUGUCUCGUUGAGGCAUUUGCGCACUUGGACGUUCAGUCCAGUCAAUUCGGCGUAGGAGGACCGAUCUGGUUUACCGUUGGGCAGGACCAGAUCCAGCUAGAUAAUGAGAAAUUCACUGCUUUUCAGACUCUAGCGGAGGCGCGUCAAGCUUUCGAUCGCGUGAUGGGCACCGUGCUUCUUUUCACAGCGAAGGCGUCCGGCUCCACCCACAGCCAGAUCGCAUCAAAUUACGAAACACUCUACAAGAAGCAACUCAAUCUUUGUCUACAAAUCGAUACAUUCGCCCAAGCAUUCAAUACAUUUCGAACGAAAUACUCACCCCAACUUAGCCCAAAAGAACAACGAGGAGCCGACAUAAUCUACCUCCACCAGCGCGCCGCAACUCUCACCCUCCAAACCUGCCUAUUAGACGGAAACGAACCCGUCCUUGACCAAUACACGCCCGAAUUCGAGAACAUCCUAUCUCUCGUGAAGACAAUCAUGCACACAUUCCCAGAACGGCCAAGCGUCUGCUUCGACAUGGGCAUUAUCCCACCCUUAACUCUUGUGGCUACCGGCUGUCGUGAUUACAGUGUACGGUGGCGUGCUAUUGAGAUGCUUCGCUCGUGGCCCCAUCGCGAGGGGACCUGGGAUUCGAAUUUGUGUGCGCAGUUGGCGAUUCAUACUAUGAGAGUGGAGGCGAUGAAUAAUUUCAAUGUGGAUGCCAGUGGAAUGGUAGGGGGUGGUCGUAAUGAGCCGUCCUUGCGAGGUAUUUUCAUGAUAGUCGAAGACGAUCAGCGCCGGGCGCGCAUUUCGUACUUUCUCGGAGAUGUGAAGCACGAAGUUCGCGUUAUGUUGUAG